UCUUGCCCUCUGCGCUCCACCCGGACUCCAGUUCCUCUUCCCCCGCGUCGCUGGGUGCAGAGUCUGCGGAGCGCUAGGGACCGCAGGGGAUCUGAGAGGGCGCCGCGGCUCCUGUGCGCCCGGGUCCAGGUGAUCCAGCACCAAGCUCUCCUCUGCACCGGAUCUCCCAGCACCGCCCAGGUUGCUUGAAUGGGGCGCGCCCUGCCCUGGGCGCUGUGGUUGCUGCUGCUACUGCAGGAUCCAUGCAGCCUGGGAUUGUCCUGCAACGUGUCCUCGGGGGACGUGGACUGGGCCACGGAGUUCACAGCCACAUGCUUGAACUUCAGCGGCCGAGGCCUGAACAUUCCCUGGAACAGGUCUCUGCAGGCCAGCAGCGUGCUCCUCCUCGACCUGUCUGGGAACGGCCUUCGGGAGCUCCCGGGGUCCUUUUUUGCCCGCCUGGAAAAGCUGCAGAUCCUGAAUGUGACCAACAACCCUCUGGACCGCGUGGAUGCGGAGCUGGCAGGACGCUGCGCCCUUGACUUGAAGGCUGACUGCCGCUGCAGUCUCGCCUCCUGGCACAAGGUCCGGCAGGACAACUGCUCUGACCAGCUGCCCCCACAGUGCCUGGAUGCCGGCACCUUCACCUGGCGCAACCUCUCCACCUUCCUGGAGGUCAGCUGCCCCCCUGGCCUGUCCUGGGCGGCCAUUGGGGCUCUGGCAGCCAGUGGAAGCCUGCUCGUUGGGCUCAUCAUAACUGGCUCAUUGCUGGCCUGGAGAUUCCGGUCACGCUGGUCACCCAGGAGCCAGAGCCAGGACAAGACAUGGGCUGCUCCCGAUGGUCCCAGGCCCAGCUCAGGCUGGCAGCCGAAAUACAGUAGCCGGAGCCUCAGCCUUCAUCAACCAGAAGCCACCCUACCCAGACCCCCCACACCUGACUAUGAGAAUGUGUUUAUAGGCCAGCCACCUGCCAAGGACCAGUCGGUCAAACAUGGGACGCACCCUUCAGAGGACAGUGACUUCUACAUGAACUACGAGGACCUCCAACGGGCCUCCCAGCCCGUCUACGGCAACCUGCAGUUCCCGGGCCAGGCUCCCGAGGUCGAAGAUGAGUACGUGAUCACAGGGCACUGAGCCUGAACUCCAGCCUGCCCCACUCCAGGUGAUUCGGGCCGUUCUGGAUCCCCCCUGGCCUCAGUCUCCCAGCCUGAGAAAUGGGGAUAGGGAAGAGCUGUCCUUGCAGCCCUCUGCCCAGCUCCUGCUCUGCUCUUCAGCCCCACCGGCUGCUAGAAAGGGAAGAGGAGACUCCAACACAGACACAGCAGGUUCACAGAGUCAACUCCAUUGUCACCUUCCUCUCGGUGUGCAGAUGGUGCUCAAUAAACACUGUGGGGCUGGUGAGGCUGCUGGCUCAGAGGGAGAAGGUUCCUCUCAGUGACUUCCUGAGCUCUCAAGACUAGA